UGUCGGGCGACAGAAGCGUACAAAUUUCUUGUUCGUGCCGUGCGUGGGCUCGCUCAGCCCCACCCUUUCUCCAUAUAUCUUUAUAUAUAAAUAAAUAAAGAUCACGUAUAAUCUUAAGACAAUUAUGAAAGCAAGCAAGCAAGCAGCAGUGAUCAUUAUAUUAUACCACUAUAUAUAUUCUCCAUCGCUCCAUUAUAGUAUUAUCCACCUGCCUCUGCCUUUGGCUUUGUUCUGAUCGAUCAAUGGGCAAUUACAGGAGGAGGAGGAGGUUCAGAUUAUCAGACAUGAUUCCCAGCUCCACCUGGUUCUACAAGCUCAGGGACAUGGCCAAAUCGACCAACAACCCACCCCCACCCCCUCCAUCAUCCAGCAACAACAACAAAGUCACGAACGCUCCCUCUUCAUCUUCAUCUUCCUCCUCCUCCUCCUCCUCCUCAUCAUCCUCAUCAUCAUCGUCCCUGCCAAAUCAUCACCAACAUCAUUCCUCCAGCUCCACCCUGCAGCAGCAGCAGCCCCACCUGUCAGACCAGAGAAAAUCCUACUAUAUUACCAGGCCGGACCAGGACCAGGACAACCUCAUCCCUGUCAAACAUCACCACGACCCUCCAAGAAAAUCAUCCAUCGCCGGCAAGCCCAAGAGGAAAACCAGAGGAAGAAGAAGCUUCAAGCGACCCCACCCUCACCCUCACCCUCAGCCUCCCACUCCUCCGCCAAGCUGUAGCUGCCGUGCCAGCGUGGAUUCCGUCUGGACGACGGCGGCGGCGGCGAAGCCCCCUGAUUCCGCUCCCGACGUAGCGCUCCCCAAUUCCCCGGAGGAUAUUAUCGAUCCAACCUCUUCUAAUUCGGAGCACGAUUCUGUCGUCCCUGAAUGCGGCUCCGAUCGUGGCCUUACCACCGAUUAUACACUCGACGACGACGACGACGGCGGUGGGGUUUCUUGCUCAACCCCCUCCUGCAAGUGCAAAGCCCGAAACGACAUCGUGCUCGAGAUAGACGACGGCGGCGGCGGAGGCGGCGUGCGGCGUGCAGAUCAGAGUGCCUCCAAUCUGCCCCCGAUUGCCACCAAGAAGAGCUGCAGCGCGUACGGAUCCCUCCGCGUUAGGGUUGUGAGAGAGGAUUUGGUAACCGCCGGCGGCGAGGAGGAGCAGAUCGACAAAAUGAGGCGGAAUCCAUGGGCGUCGUCUCCAGGUGCAGCGGGGGUGAGGCUCCGCACGAAUUCUCCGAGAAUCUCAAACGGGCGGCGGAGGAAGAGCACAUCAUCAUCGUCGCCGGCGUCGGCGUGGCGGCGGCGGCGGAGCGUGUCGGAGAGUGCAUUUGCGGUGGUGAAAUCGUCCCAGGACCCGCGGAGGGACUUCAUGGAGUCGAUGGUGGAGAUGAUCGUGGAGAACGAGCUACGGGGUUCCAAGGAUUUGGAGGAGCUGCUGGCCUGCUAUCUCUCGCUCAAUGCUGACGAAUACCAUGACCUCAUCAUCAACGUCUUCAAGCACAUUUGGUUUCACAUUAACUAAUUUCAUUUAAAAUUAAAUUAAAUGGUCUCCAUUAAUAUUAAGCAGAUAGCCAGCUUUAAGUUCCAUUCCAAUUAUAUGUAUGGAUGUAUGUGUAUAUAUUAAUAAAUAAAUUAAAUAGCCACGCCAUUCAUUUAUUUUUA